CGAUGCAACAGAAUUCCCGUUCGUCGCUGAAUUCCCGUUCAUCGCUUCCCCUCCUUCAACACAUUCCCGUUCGCAAAAUGCCCCUUCAUCGCUCCCUCUUCUACACAUUCCCAUUCGCAGAAUUGCCCAUCCUCGAGAUUCCCGUUCGAUGAAAAGCAUUAUUUGGGCAAGAUUCCCGUUCGUGCUCGGGGCCAAUUCUGGGUAUUCCCGUUCAUACUUCUGAUGCAUCGACUUUCCCCAAUAGGUGUUAGGAAGAGGAUAUUCAGCAUCCAGUAUAAAAGAUGCAGAAUGCAGUUUCAGCAGUUUUGAGCUAUGACAGCAAACAUUGAACCACAAUAACAUACUCAACCGCUCAUUCGCACUGUGAUUUUUGAACAAACUCGAGUUACCAUGACCCAAACAUCAUCAUCAAGUGUAUCUGUCCCUGGAGAGCCUCUAAAAAAUGUCCUUGUCACCGGUGGACUCGGAUACAUAGGAUCUCACGUUGUCCUCUCCCUUCUGAUGUCUGGUCGCUACCUGCCUAUUGUCAUUGACAACGCGCACAACGCAUACCCUCAAGCUCUCGAGCGCUGCAAUCAAAUAGCCCAAAGCGAAGUAGGCCCACAUGCUCCCAAACCCCUUUACCACCAAUGCGAUAUUCGUAACGCGGAAGAGAUCAACAAGGUGUUCAAGCAAUAUCAGUCAAAAGGCGGAAUAUGGGCGGUAAUCCACCUAGCCGCACUCAAAGCAGUGGGAGAGUCGAGUGAGAUUCCGUUAGAUUAUUACGAGGUCAACGUUGGGGGUUCAAUCUCGCUACUGAAGAUUAUGCAACAAUCCCAAACCAACAACCUCGUCUUCUCGUCAUCCGCUACCGUCUACGGCACCCCUGCAGUGAUUCCAAUCCCCGAGACCUCCGAGAUCAUACCUGAAUCCGUGUACGGGCGUACCAAGGCGAUCACAGAGGAAGUGAUCCGGGACGUCUGCCGGGCUGGCGCAGCCACGGCUGACAAUCAAGGUCUCAAAGCGAUAAGCGUGAGGUAUUUCAACCCAGCUGGGGCUCAUCCGUCCGGCAAGCUAGGAGAAGAGCCCAAGGGCCGCCCAGGCAACCUCCUCCCAAUUCUAGCUCAGAUCGCUGUGGGGAGAUUGUCAUCUGAUCUCAAGGUUUUCGGGAACGACUACCCAACCAGAGACGGCACAUGCCUUCGGGAUUAUCUUCACAUCAUGGACCUUGCUGAGGGCCAUCUCCUCGCGCUUGACGCUCUCGCCAAGUCGGAAAUCAAAACUCAAAGCUCAGGUAUCUUCCAAUCGAUUGAUACAAAAAAGGAAGGGUAUUUCCGCGCAUUUAACCUCGGAAGGGGUAAGGGCAUCACCGUUCUUGAGAUGAUCAACGAGAUGAAAAUUGCAACAGGAUACGAGUACCAGUUCGAAAUCGUGGAACGAAGAUCCGGUGAUGUUCCGGACUUGACAGCCGACCCUCGACUAGCGCAAGAAGAGCUUGGAUUCAUCGCGCGCAGAGGUCUGCAGGAGAUGUGUCAAGAUCUUUGGCGAUUCCAGUCGAGCAACGUUAACGGAUAUUCGUCUUGAAGGUGUAGCAGAAAUACCCAUUGAUAGGCGUUGAGCCUUUAUUUAUAGGCUUAUGGACAAGGUUCCUUUCAAUGACGCAAUGGAUAUACAGUCACCUACCUUCUUGUCCCAGUCUGACCAUGGUUGCAGCAUUUCAAACUGUAUUACGAUUUCUUUAUCACAAAUGGUUAACAGCUCACAAAACCGCGCAAAAGACAAACAGAGAGACAGAUGCAAAAUCUUUAACGACAACGUUGAUCAUACAAGCCAUAAGGCCUGAUUUACCUCCAAUGUCAGCCUUGCAUCUCGAAGAAUUCCGUUUGCACUUAUCCUGUCAUGUAGAUGGCAACAUGCAACAUCUCCAGCUGGAGAAACUGGAGAUGUUGCAAGUCCAAAUCCCUUGCUCAAGCAAGUUCCUCGAUAUGUCAUGCAACAUCAUGGUAUAAAAAACAUUGAGCAUCAGGUUCCACUGGUUACCCAUGAAACCGAGAUCUUGGCUGUGCGAAACGGUAAGCACGAUGUCAGAGACCACUGAAAGCGAUCAGACUCACUUCUUGUGGUCUGGUUUCGCAUUAGAAACGUUCUCUAAAUCCAAGGCGGAGAACAGAUACAUCAACAUUAUGGUCCGCGAAUCCGGUCAGUUGUUGUUCACACUCGUAAGACGCUGAGAUCAUAAGCCGUUUUUUAGGCCAUAAUUUGAAUUCAGGACCUGCCAUUGGUCAUAAGAUGCUGAAGCCAUAUCGGCCGUAGCUCCCCCAAAUACGUCGCCUGCUUACAGUCAUUGGAAAUGAAAGCAAAGCUAGCAUGACAGGUAGUCCAUUGGACCUUACUGCUCAACUUUGGCGAAGUAUUUACCAGUCAUGAGUCACGUACAUAGUCAAAGAGAUUAGUUAAUGGGGACGAAGAACCCCUGCUACAACUUUCUCAGAGAUCAGAGUGCCAAUUCACGAAGGCGCCUGAGUUCACAAUGGCCAAUAAAGAAGAAACGACUGAGUUGACCAAAAUCCAGUCGAAGCCAAAGGAGAAAUCUAAGGUCUUCGUUGGAGGAUCCCGCACCGAAAAGACUUACGUGCUUACCAUUACCGACCAAACAGACGACUGGCAUGGCCCUUAAAAGCGGGAACAUCCAAGAAGGGAUGAUUCCCAGCAGAAAAUGGCAGUGAAAGUGAUCCUGAAGCACCUCAUCUUUUUCUUGUUCACAAUAGCUCCAGAGUGCAUACUCUGAAACUAAGGCAUCGUCGGAAUCUUCACUGGCCGCAGAGGCUAUGUGGCAUAGAUGAGAGAUGGUUGCAAGACGCCGCGGAGUGCGUAAUCAAUAGAUUGAGUGGCCCAAGUUUGCAAGAUUGCAAUUGCUUUGGAACAUAUUUCCCGAGCUCGGUUACGCGAUAAACGCAAGGUCAACCCACCUGAAUGCAAAUCCAAAAUAUGGUCGAGAUCAAGAACAACAUAUGCCUGCUCUUCAAGUUGUGCAUAUAAGUCAACUACAGGCAAGAAAGAGGGGUAUCAUGAAUCCCAAUUACUGUAUCAAACACACAAUGUAAGCCAAACAACUACGUAUACGUGACGAUCGCUACAACGCCUAACAUGAACAGCCAGAGGCCUGAGGGACUUCUUGAGGAGAGGAUGAAACGUCGAUUUCUACCUAUCAGCAAUGUGCUAGAAUAGAUGGACGUACUUGUCGUGCCGUUGUCCUUUGCUUCACUUCCCCCGGGAAGAGCCAUGGCAAUCUUCUUAAAUAGUGUCUUGACAUUAUGGCCGGCUUUGGCAGAGGUUUCAAUUGACAUCACACCGAGUUCUUUCGCCCGUUUGUCAAGAUCUUCAGGGGUAACUUGACUAAGCAACACUGGUAAGGAACUGUCUUCUCGUGAAUCAUUGUCAUGACGCACCGCUUGUCAUUCAAAUCUGUCUUGUUCCCCACAAGCACAAUUAUAACGUCCUGCCCUCGCUCAUUUCGCACAUCAUCGACCCACUUUGAAGUAUUUUGGAAAGAUGUCCGGUCUGUUGCAUCAAUGUCAGCAAGGUGUAUGCGUUGCCACCGGCUAUCUGGACGUACUAGUGAUGUCGUACACAAUGACCGCGACUGAGGAGUCUCGAAUGUAGGAUGGGAUGAGGGAUCGGAAUCGUUCCUGAAAUUAGCG